AUGGGGGAAUUAACUGUGGACAAACAGCAGCAGCAGGGCAUUGCUGAAGAGCUGUUCCUCCUUCACGUGCAGAACUGUGAAGCAGAGAAGCGAGUGGACUCUCAGCAUCCUUCUUCCCUGGUGCCCUCUAGACACAAGGGCAAAGCGGUGUCCAGGCGGAUCUGUCUCAGCACCAGCAAGGAAAGCGAUCACCGCAAGCAGCCUGGCCUCGAGGGAGGCAUCACAGGGAAACCACAACGAUCCUGGCCCCAGCAAGCUGGCAGAGGCCUGAGGGGAGGUGGAGAAGCACAAUGCAGGACGCCUCGAGCAGGAAAGGAAGGUUUAACAUUACUGACAGAAACGCCUCAGGAUCAGGAAAAUAUCCCUGUUCCGGCCGUAAGCAGCCGCGGGACGCGGGACUGCUGCCAGCCCAGGGCUGACUCCGAGCGGGAAUUGUUGAUACCGAGGUGCCUCACCUGGGGUGCUGUGGGCAGGUCCGUGUCCCCUGAUAUCCCUGGGACAUGGGUGCCAUCCCAAUGGCGCUCAGCCCGAGAAUUCCGGCGCUCCUGGAGCAGGACAGACGAGGAAGUGCGGAGUCCUGGCACACGGCGCUGGAGCAGCCUGCAGGGAUCUCAUGGGGGAAACAGGAUCCCUGCGGAAAAACCAAGCUUGUCAAGCCUUCUUGUGUGCACCGGGAGGGUGGAACUCCGGGAGCAAGCGGCCAGCCCGCUCAGGGAUACGGGCGAGUGCAGCUUCGGCUUUGUACGACUUCGUGAUCACCUGCGACAAGAGGCUUCUCCUUCCUGCCCGCUGCUGGCAGCGUUUGGCAAGGGUCCUGCUGGUAGUACCUCAAAUAGUGCAUACAGGUGUGCCUACAGCAUCCUGGUUGCCUCUGGCUCCCUGUGGAGGUCCAUGGCUUUGGUCCCUGGUCCUAAUGGACCAACCCCCGCAUGCACUGGAGGAGAAAGAUUCCUGGGGAGGAGACUCUGA